AUUGCGUUCAGAAAUCAUGUUGACCAAACAGUAUGCCAAGUGAAGUCGAGAAAUAUUCGUAAUAUUCGAGAAGAUAGUAUUAGCCCUCGUUUUCGUAUCGAAGCAGAUACGACCGAAAAAAGCUACAUGAUGAAAACCACGACUCUGCAACGGUUUGUCGAAUCCGCAACUGGAAAGAGACAUCUGGCGUUAGCGCUAGCUGAAUCACGAGGGGUUUUCCUAGUUGCCUCAAGAAUGCCGUAACAAGUCAGCCGUACCGUUUCUUCCCUGUUUCUGCUGUCCUGUUCGUUGGUACCUACUUCGGGCAGACGUGCAAGCUUGGCAGAACCUUCGAGUAAGUAUGUCCUGGACCCGCUUCCGGUACCAUGAGGGGCAUGCAAUGCCCACCGCGUCGCGCGAUACCAACUCUUGGCUCUACGGUGCAAACAAGAUUGAUAAAGCCCCCACGGCCCAGACCAACUUCAUAGUGCAAAAAUCAACUCUGAGUACGGCACAGCCCGCAAGCAUACCAAAGGCGAACGUCGGAAGCAGAUGUAUUGCAUAAUUUUCGUUUAUUUUCUUCGGGCUUACAAAUGCGUACUAUGCCGACAUGGACAUCUCACUGUGAUGAGCGAACAAACUUACGCUCUGCGACUUCUAUCGGAUCUAGCUGUCAUCUUUCUCUGUGAUCUUGAUCUCGUUUUGUGGAGCUACUUUUUGAUAGAUAGGCGAAUCAAACACAAAAAACCAGCAAAGUUGCUUUCUGGUGCACCCGAAGAGACCCCGGGUCCAGGAGCCUACAACGUAUCAAAUGUAAAAAUGUCUGGGUCUGGAAGAUUGCGAGACUUGUCAUGCAAAUCUGGCAUGACUCUGAACUCUGUAUUGCGUGGCCGCAAAGAGCUCCUCCUCCCUGUGUUGCAAAAACGCGGUUUCUCAUGCGGAAUACGCAACUCAGAACCAUACAAAAAACUUGUCAUGCUUGGCGGCGCAUUUCAGUGAGCUCACUGUUCUCUUCCUUGCAUCACAAGUUUCCAGACCCAGACAUUUUUACAAUCCAUACAACGUCGUCAAGAGCAGUUUUCGGCCCGCCACCUCGAGUGGUGUCAGUAUCAAGGGUGGUCCGAAACGCGCUCCCGUUCGCGACACCACAACACACUGGCCGCAAAAGCUGAAGGAUGGUAUAUAAAUAACGAUCUUAAGCAAGUACUAUGUGUAUGUAGAUGUACGAUUACAAAGAGAGCAUUCUUUAGCGAAUACGCCGAAUCGGGUCGUAGGCUAAUCAACAUGCACGAACGAGAACGACUCGAUUGCGUUGCUCACCCAAUAAAAUUCAGCGUUCUUUUGUCACCUUGCGCAAAAAAAAACUCUAACUUGGCGAAUUUGCACUUCGGCGAUGAAGAGAGACAGACCAGCGCAGCUGAGUUGCCCACUCAUCCUGGAUGAAAUCUUCAACGCACGCAUCUCAAGAGAUGAUGUAUAAACAGAUGCCGGAAACGGUGCCGGAUUCUACGAAAAACUCACAACAUUCGGAGACAAACGCAAUCGGACCGGUGGAGGCGUGAUUGGGAAGGCUAACCGCACCAUAGCAUGGAUGAACAAGCGAGAGCACGCAUCUACCACUGCGCAAUUCUACACACCGCGUAAGUGUAUGCAAACUGUUUGAGUACUAGUUCUACUUGUGAGUUGUCGGAUUUCUUCUGCUCAGGAGCAGGAGCGCACGUACUUAUUAUGGAAUUGGAAAUUCAAAGAAAACAAAAAUAAAAUGACAAGAAAGCGACUUGAGUGACAGCGAUAUCACAACAUAGACGAACUACGGUCUCAUGUUGAUAUUUUUUACAAUUUCUAUUCACCAUGAUGCAUACAACACACCCAGAAUCGACCUUGAAAGUAAACUCGACGGCUUUUCUGGGGUCCCGAAGUCCACGGUUUGUGGGCGCGGCGAACGAGGCCACGCCCGGUCCAGCCGCGUAUUCUCCCCGCGUGCCACAGGAUCCGCUCCUCAAAAAGGGCGUCCGAAUCGCCCGCACAGGCCGCAAACUACCACAGUCGGGGCCCGCUUUUUCUACGUUUUUUUUUCUACAUCUGUUGCUUCUGCUUCUGCUGCAUCCCGCAAUGCAAUCACAGUCAAUGGGUAUCAUGCAGUGCCUGUUUAAUAAAAUUUCAGGUGCCGAUCAUGCGUAGAACUUAUACUUAGCGGCCCUUUCAUCGUAUACCGUCUGUCAAACACCAAUGUUUUGACGAAAGCGGAAAAAACAACGAACUUAGGUCGGAAGAAACUCCAGGACCAGGCGCCUACGCUCCGGAAUCCGUCUAUGACAUGCAACGAAGUAUUGCUUUUUCACUGCGCGAUGAUAUUGAUUUUGUACGUGGCCCUCCUGCAGUUGUCCAUGAUAAUGUGAAACUGAAAAAAAGGACAGCUUCUAUCUUUAUGGUCUGCCACAUGAUGACUAAGAAUGUCAUUCUAAUUGGCGAUUGCAAUGAAGAAAAAACUUAAUUUUGCAGAAAAAGCGCUGGCGCGGGCUGCUAUGGCGCAACGAAGUGCGAUGUCGAGCUCGCAAGUGACAAGCUCCAAGUCAUCGACGCAGACCGGGAGCAAGAAAUCGUACAAUUUCGCCCCCCAGACGAGAAGAACGAGCUGAGCCUAGCAAUGCCAACCAGUGUAAGUAAGUACCUGUUUUUUCAAGAAAAUGAUAGCACGCUUGACAAGUUGUUCCAGAAAUGAGCUUGCCCAGUACACUAUUAGACAUCUACUGAGCUUCAUCCCCUUGCGCUCCCUGUGCUGGUUCAAUUUACGCCCGUGUCGAGCUGACUUUUCGAGUAAUAUGGCCUUCAUCUACAUCAUCCUCUCCGUUUCAGUAGGAUUCAUCGUACGCAACAAACGCAAUGAACGAUUCGAGUGUCACUUUAAUGCCAAAAAAUAAAUGUUUCGCCCUUUACUACAAUUCAUCGUUUGAGAAUGAUGGUGGUGCCUCGCGGUCACCAGGCCCCGUUUCCGGAUUAUUUGAGAAGCUAGUUCUCGAAAAUGAACGACUACAGCGAGCACUGGAAAGACGAAACAGAAACGCAUCAAGAACAACUUUGUCGUAAUGAUACUAGAGAAGAACUUACUAACUUAAUACACCAAAUCCAAUAACUUUACAAUACCACAAUGGUCCACCCGCUCUGACCAUUCACAUUUAGCACGGUUGGUUUGAUCCUCGCAAACAGUUGUACCCUUGCGAAACGGCUUCGGCUGCGAACAAGGAUUUUUACGAAGUAGUGUUGUCGUAGAACUACUUGAGUUGUCAAUAUUUGGGGCGAUUGGUCGCCACGGGAGCAUUAUGAAGAUUGGUGUGGCAUUUAGCAACAUCCAAACACACAUGAUCCAGCCACAGACCAGGACUUGUUUUGGAUCUUGCUAGAAGUUGUACCUUCGUCCAGCGAGCGAUGUUGAUCGCCAAGAAGAAAGCUAUUUUGCUUCUCUUGUUUUUGCCAACAAAAAGAAACAGAGCGGUGCUAUGGUUAUCGUUUUGUGUGUAUAUAUAGAAGAAAGUGGACCACACGACCAUGCAGAACUUUCGUCGUUCUUGUUUGAUGGUGACGACAACAACAAUGUACUUCAAAGUUUGCCUGUAUUUGAGGUGGAACUAAUUGAACGAAACUUUUUCUUUUUUCGCUCACCGUGGUGAUGAGCC